AUGGCAGCUAUGACUUCACAAAAGGAGGAGGUAGAAAAGGCUCCCAGGCUACCCAUGCCAUCGCGGAAUCCUCUACCAUUAUCCGCAGCACAAGAAGCCCAAGUCCAAGAAGUUUAUCAUACUAGAGUACGAAGUUAUUGUGCGGCAGAAAUUAAGGUAUUCGCGGAAUGUGCCCUUGGAAGAACCUUUACUGCCCCAUUCAAAUGCAGAGAACAAAAUCGAGCGAUGAACAAUUGCAUGAUAUCGCAUGCCACACAAUCAGAAAAGGAUGCAGCUAGAGAAGAGUGGUUUUCACUAAGAUUACAAAGACAGCGGGACCGUGAAGCAAAGGAGGCGAGGAGGAAGGAACAGGAGAAAUUUCAUAGGGAAUGGUGGGGUUUACCAACCGAAGAUAGAGAGGGCGAGAAAGGCAAAGAAUUAAUGAGGAAUGCUGAGAGAGUCGGUGGAUUUCCAAAGAGGGAUGAAGGACAAUUGAGCAAAGACCGGCAUAGGUGA